ACACCUUUUGUCCUUCGUUUGCUUACUCCUUGUAAAUUGCAAAUUAUUGGCAUCAUGCUCAAGACUAAGCGUGUGGCGGUUAGGAAGCGUUCCAAGUUACGUUCUUUGCCCAAGCCCCUGAUCACGUACGAGGAUAUGUACGGACAUGAAAUGUGUGAACGGGAACGAAACGUUGUGCUGCCUCUUGUGCGAGAGGGAUAUGAAGAAAGUUUGAUGGCGUCCAAACCUUCAAUUGAGGAUGCUCUGGAGGAGGCCUCUGAAAACUGCUUCUAUGGGCCAGUCCCAGUCGAUUCUGUCAGCAAUGCGUCUGCCCGAGAGGUUCUCUAUGACUGGAAUUUGCCCAGCCUGAUGAUAAUCUUCCACUCCGGCGACUUGGACAGUGCCAGACACUACCUGGUCGAAUCGCUCCACAAUCCUUUCGCUCCGCAUGCUGUGGCCACCUUGGUCAUCCAUGAAGAUAUGGUCAAGGAUUUCAUGGAACGUGUAGUUGCGCGCAUGCAUGCUUUGGACCCCAAGAUAGCUCAGCACCCCUUAUUUGUGCGUUCCCUAGCCAGGCUGAGAAACAUAAAUGCCAGAAUCUUUACUGCUGACCCGAAUCGGGUGCCCGUCGAGCUCUCACCCAUUGUGGUGCUCGAUGCGACACACAACUAUAUGAACGAUGGACCCACUGGAGUCAUUACUCUCCACACCUAUCGCACUCCCGAAGAGGCCAGCCAGCUCUAUCUGAUGGAGCCAGUCAAGUAUAAUUCGGUCAGUGUUUGGGAUGAGGACACAGCCAGUUCGUAUGAGGUCGCCACACUCAUCGACUGCGACAAUCUCUUCGUCAACUGUGCCAAUGUGAACUUGGACGCAAUGCAGGAGGCAUUCGAGGAGGGUCGCGACGAAAUGAGGCUCGUCAAUGGCUAUCACCUCGAGACACUCACAAUCUUGGGCAAGCGUCGGAAGUUGGCCUUUCCGGUUGGCGCCAUCAUCAUCUAACACCCAGCACACUUUCUUCUUUGUCAUCAUGUAGUGUAUAGCAGAUAUUUCAGAUCAAUCAGAAAAAAAUCC